CCUUAUCCUACGCGCCACUCACUCUGCUUCCUUCCACAACGAGGACGACGAUGAGUAGUCAAACGGUGCAUCGUCUUCACUCUUAUUUACGUUCGGCAGGCGCAUGUCUAGUCUCGUCUCCCAGACCUCCACCACGACGACUCGUAUGUAUUGCCACCGUAAGUGAUCGUAACCAAUCCAACGUUCUGCUGUGGAAAGGACGCGUAUCUCACAACAAGCUCUCUGUUGCUGCUAAAGCUUCUUCUUCAGCUCCUCAAGCUGAGACUGAGAGAUUUUCUGAAACAUCAUUACAAAAAGAAGUGCUAAAGGCAUUGUCUCAGAUCAUUGAUCCUGAUUUUGGGACAGAUAUAGUUUCAUGUGGUUUUGUUAAGGAUUUGGUAAUUGACGAAGCUCUUGGAGAGGUUUCUUUCCGUUUGGAGCUAACAACACCGGCAUGUCCAGUCAAAGAUAUGUUUGAGAAGCAAGCAAAUGAGGUAGUUGCAGUGCUUCCAUGGGUGAAAAAGGUGAACGUGACAAUGUCUGCACAACCAGCUAAGCCUAUAUUUGCAGGCCAGCUUCCACCUGGUUUAUCUAGAAUUUCAAGCAUUGUUGCUGUUUCUAGUUGCAAGGGAGGUGUUGGAAAAUCUACAGUUGCUGUAAAUCUUGCUUAUACGUUAGCUGGUAUGGGUGCAAGAGUUGGCAUCUUUGAUGCUGAUGUCUAUGGUCCUAGUUUACCUACUAUGGUCAAUCCAGAGAGCCGUAUUCUUGAAAUGGAUCCAGAGAAGAAGACUAUCAUCCCAACAGAAUACUUGGGGGUGAAGCUAGUCUCAUUUGGAUUUGCAGGGCAAGGUCGUGCCAUUAUGAGAGGUCCAAUGGUGUCUGGUGUCAUUAAUCAGCUCCUUACUACAACUGAAUGGGGAGAGCUGGAUUAUCUUGUUAUCGACAUGCCUCCUGGUACCGGUGACAUUCAACUAACCCUCUGCCAGGUUGCGCCGUUAACAGCAGCGGUGAUUGUGACCACACCUCAAAAACUGGCUUUUAUAGAUGUUGCCAAAGGUGUACGAAUGUUCUCAAAGCUAAAGGUUCCUUGUGUUGCUGUUGUGGAGAAUAUGUGUCAUUUUGACGCUGACGGGAAACGUUAUUACCCUUUUGGGAAAGGUUCAGGUUCUCAGGUUGUCCAGCAAUUCGGAAUACCUCACCUCUUUGACCUCCCCAUUAGGCCAACGUUAUCUGCUUCGGGAGAUAGUGGAGUUCCUGAAGUUGUUGCAGAUCCUUUAAGUGAAGUUGCAAGAACGUUCCAAGAUCUUGGUGUUUGUGUUGUGCAACAAUGCGCCAAGAUACGCCAACAAGUUUCCACAGCUGUGACAUACGACAAAUAUCUUAAGGCAAUCAGAGUGAAGGUGCCAAACUCAGAUGAAGAGUUCUUACUUCACCCUGCAACCGUCAGAAGAAAUGAUCGAUCAGCACAAAGUGUGGACGAAUGGACUGGUGAACAAAAGAUUCAGUUCGGAGAUGUGGCAGAAGAUAUCGAGCCUGAGGAAAUACGACCAAUGGGAAACUAUGCUGUCUCGAUAACCUGGCCGGACGGGUUUAGCCAGAUUGCUCCAUAUGACCAGCUGGAAACAAUUGAACGGUUAGUAGAUGUUCCUCCAUUGUCUCCAGUUGAAGUCUGAUUCUUAAAACGAUAGUGUUUUCUUCUGAGAGAUAAAAAUUUGUAUCUAUCUAUCUAUACUAUUAAAACAUGAGAUCUUUUUUUUGAGGUCUCUUUAGUAUUUAUUGAAGUGCCAUUGCCUUUUAAAUUUAAUUGAAACUUAUUUGAAAUUA